AUGGCGAACGCUACCUUGGAAGAUGUUCCCUCCGUCGAUUUCAUGACCGAGCUACUUCGUUGCCUCAAGUGUUCAUCCAAACCCGACAAGCGUCUUAUUCUCGUUGGCCCACCUGGAUCUGGAAAAGGCACCCAGUCGCCAAUCAUUAAGGAUGAGUACUGCUUAUGCCACUUGGCUACCGGUGAUAUGUUGAGAGCUGCUGUAGUAGCUAAGACCCCUCUUGGUAUUAAGGCGAAAGAAGCUAUGGAGGAGGGAGAACUUGUUUCUGAUGACUUGGUUGUUGGCAUUAUUGAUGAAGCAAUUAAAAAAACCAUCAUGUCAGAAAGAACCUACCAUACAAAUUUUUCUCCUCCCAAGGCUCCUGGUGUUGACGAUGUUACUGGUCAACCUCUUAUUCAGCGCAAGGAUGACACUGCAGCUGUUCUUAAGUCAAGACUGGAGGCAUUUCACAAGCAAACUGAACCGGUCGAGAAAUUGCUCUCGCAAUAG